GUGACUUUCAUCAACCGAUGAUUAUUUUCAACCAACCAUAAAGAUAUUGGCACUCUUUACCUAAUUUUUGGCACAUGAGCAGGUAUAGUCGGCACAGCACUUAGCCUGCUAAUCCGUGCAGAACUGGGACAACCUGGGACACUCCUAGGAGACGACCAAAUCUAUAACGUAAUCGUCACAGCCCAUGCCUUCGUUAUAAUCUUCUUUAUAGUUAUACCUAUCAUGAUCGGAGGCUUCGGUAACUGACUUGUACCACUUAUAAUUGGUGCCCCAGACAUGGCAUUCCCACGUAUAAAUAAUAUAAGCUUCUGACUCCUUCCACCUUCCUUUCUUCUUCUGCUAGCCUCUUCUACCGUAGAAGCUGGAGCUGGCACUGGAUGAACUGUCUACCCACCUUUAGCUAGCAACCUUGCCCACGCUGGUGCAUCAGUAGACCUAACUAUUUUUUCCCUCCACCUAGCAGGUGUAUCCUCCAUCCUAGGAGCAAUCAACUUUAUUACUACUAUUAUUAACAUAAAACCCCCAGCACUGUCACAAUACCAAACACCCCUAUUUGUUUGAUCCGUUCUCAUUACCGCUAUCCUCCUAUUACUCUCUCUACCAGUCCUUGCCGCCGGAAUUACAAUACUUCUUACUGACCGCAACCUUAACACUACAUUCUUUGACCCCGCAGGAGGAGGAGACCCAAUCCUAUAUCAACACCUAUUUUGAUUUUUUGGCCACCCCGAAGUUUAUAUCCUCAUUCUUCCAGGUUUCGGAAUAAUCUCCCACGUGGUAGCAUAUUAUGCAGGAAAGAAAGAGCCCUUCGGAUAUAUAGGAAUAGUCUGAGCAAUACUAUCAAUUGGAUUCUUAGGCUUCAUCGUAUGAGCCCACCACAUAUUCACAGUCGGAAUGGAUGUGGACACCCGAGCUUACUUCACAUCAGCCACCAUAAUUAUUGCUAUCCCAACUGGCAUUAAAGUCUUCAGCUGAUUGGCAACCUUGCACGGAGGAACAAUUAAAUGAGACCCACCUAUGCUAUGGGCCUUAGGAUUUAUCUUCCUAUUCACUAUUGGAGGUCUUACGGGAAUUGUCCUCGCCAAUUCAUCCCUCGACAUUGCCCUCCACGACACCUACUACGUAGUUGCCCACUUCCACUAUGUCCUCUCAAUAGGAGCAGUUUUCGCCAUUUUAGCAGGCUUCACCCACUGAUUCCCUCUUUUCACAGGCUUCACCCUCCAUCCUUCAUGAACUAAAGCCCACUUCGGAGUGAUAUUUACAGGAGUAAACUUAACCUUCUUCCCACAACACUUCUUAGGUUUAGCUGGUAUACCCCGACGAUACUCGGACUAUCCAGAUGCCUAUACCCUAUGAAAUACAUUAUCCUCAAUCGGCUCUUUAAUCUCAAUAACAGCCGUAAUCAUACUCAUGUUCAUCGUCUGAGAAGCCUUCUCAGCAAAACGAAAAGUACUACACCCUGAACUAACCUCUACCAACAUUGAAUGAAUCCACGGAUGUCCACCCCCAUACCACACUUUCGAAGAACCGGCCUUCGUCCAAGUACAAGAAAGG